AUGGAAAGUUUUUAUUUGGCAAAGACGCUGCCACCAAACAAUGGCUUGCAUGCUCAGCUGCUAUCGUUCAGUCAAUAUGUCCACGUACCCAAGUCCGAGUUAGAUGAAGCUCAGCUACGCCAACUCGAAGAACACGAAAUCUCGCAAGGACCCUUGUCUGUCUUACAACAGGCGGUUAGAAACCAUGCCCAAGUCCUUAUUUCCCUUCGAAACAACAAGAAACUCCUCGCUCGUGUCAAAGCAUUUGAUAGACAUAGCAACAUGGUUCUGGAGAAUGUGAAGGAGAUGUGGACAGAAGUUCCAAAAGGGAAAAAUAAAAAGCCAGUCAAUAAAGACCGUUUCAUUAGCAAAAUGUUCCUCAGAGGUGAUUCUGUGAUCUUGAUCUUACGAAAUCAGGCAUAA